AUGGCCUCCCCCUCCUUUCUUCCUUCGUUGGCGGCGAUACACUACCCUGGCUCAUCCACCUUCGAUGAGUUGGACCGAGAUGACUUACGCUACACCUACGGAGUGGAGGAUAACGUGCAAGUGAUUAUCCCCACUGGAAUACAUCAAUACUUCAAUCCCCCUGCUAGCUCUAGCACAUUCUUUAAAGAACAAUUUGUAGCGGGCCUUCGUCUUCCUAUCCACACUUUCUUCUCCGAAGUAUACCGCUACUUUCGAAUUCCCCUGGGGCAAUUAACACCCAACUCCAUCAAGAUCCUCUAUGGCUUUGUAGUAUUAUGCGAUGUGUCUGAAGUCUUAACCCAUGCUUCAGAGGUUCAGCCCCUUCCUAUAAGCGAUAUGGAAAUAAUGAGGCGUGGCCGAGUUAUCCUCCAGAGGAGAGCCCUUCCCCACUCGUCUUCAACUUCAAUCGGCAAGGCUUCCCGGGCCCAUCCUCCGCCCCGACCUACUCGGCAAGGGUCUUCUGGUAUCCGCCCUGCUUCCUUGGCUCACCCCACUCGCCCACGCAUGUCACGUCUCCCUCGGCCGACUGCCCCUACUCGCCCCCGGGCUGCUCGUCCACCUCGGCCGGCCACCCCUGCUCGCCCUCGGGCUGCUCGUCCACCUCGGCCUACUGCUUCGACACCCCUCCAACCGGUUAGUUCCCCCAGAGCCACUUAUAUCCCUGAUCUGGGUCUUGGUGAAAGACGUAUGGGCUUUGGUGGAGGAACAGGCAACGUUUCCUUCGUCGGCCCAGCUUCCAGAGAGGCUUCCCAAGCUGUCCGCCGGGCCCGCGUCACAAAUGAACGCCUGAGCCAGGAUGCCCCUUCUCCCUCUAGACACAGGGCUCGGUCGCCCUCCGAUGAUUCUGACUCGGAUGACCAGCCGCUGGCUCAGAGACGUCGGCGCCAAGCCCCUCGUCCGGUGUCCGACUCAGGCCCGUCGUCUGUCCCUUCUCCUCCUCCAAAUGCAGCUGCCUCUCCUCCACCUCCCCAUGUGACUCCACCUCCAAUCCCGAGCCCUGUAAAUGAUCCCCCUAUUUCAUCUGAUACCAGUUCGAACCCCCGUUGGCUCAACCUUCCACAUCGCAGCAAACUCAGGGCGAUGAAGCUGGCCCCUCAGAACGCCCUUCAACUAUCCCGCCUGUAG